CGAGGCUUCCGCUGGGAGCUCGGAACAGACCCCGGGAGCCCGCGACCCGGCGCUGGCGUCUCCUCCGCAAGCCUCACACGCAGACUGUUCCUCGUCUCCCGCGGCCGAAUUUCGACUUUCAAACCCAACUCCUACAGGAUUCUGAGACCCCGCGCCGUCUCCCACAUCCCAUUUCCAGCUGCAAACUACUGUGGAAUCUGAAAAGAAACCCGUUUGCCGCCUCCCGCCUUCCCUCUCCACACAGGUGGAGGGCAGGUGAAGGUCUCACUGGGCUUUCCCCCUGCACUUUUCCCACCGUCUCGCCCGUCCCUGGGGGUCCUCGGCCACACCAGCCAUGGCCCAGAAGCCGAAAGUGGACCCCCACGUCGGGCGGCUGGGAUUCCUGCAGGCGCUGGUCACGGAAUUCCAGGAGACCCAGAGCCAAGACGCCAAGGAGCAAGUCCUCGCCAACCUCGCCAACUUCGCUUAUGACCCCAACAACUUCGAGUAUCUGCGGCAGCUGCAGGUCCCGGAUUUAUUUCUCGAUUCGCUGUCGGAGGAGAAUGAGACCCUCGUGGAGUUUGCUAUUGGAGGCCUGUGCAACCUGUGCCCAGACAGAGCCAACAAGGAACACAUCCUGCAGGCAGGAGGCAUCCCUCUCAUCAUCAACUGCCUGUCCAGCCCCAACGAGGAGACGGUGCUGUCCGCCAUCACCACGCUCAUACACCUGGGCGCACCGGGCCCCUGCUGCCCCCCAGAGCUGACCGCCGCACCCGUGGUGCAGUGCAUGCUACGCUUCUCCCUCUCAGCCAGUGCCAGGCUCCGGAACCUGGCGCAGAUCUUCCUGGAGGACUUCUGCUCCCCAAGCCAGGUGGCCGAGGCCCGCAGCCGGCAAGCGCACUCUGCCCUGGGUAUCCCAAUGCCUAGGAGCGUGUCCCCACAGCAGCGCUGAUCCAUGGAAACCUCAAGACUAUAGCACUCCUACUGCUGGAGACCAUGGGCCUGGUGUGGACACAGGGCACAGGGGGAGGACAUGCUGCCCAAAUGGUGCCUUUUCGGCCAUUGGAAAGGCGAAUUCUUUCAGCAGGACAGGUAGUUACACUGUGAUGAAAUGCCAUUCAGUUAAGGAACACAUCCUGCCAGUUAAGGAAGUCAGACUCAGAGAUACAUGAAGAAACUGGAGCUGCUUCCAUAGGCCUGCACUCAACCCUAUGUCCAGUGCCACCACUGCCAGGCAGUGUUGUAAGCAGCUGCUAUGUAGCCAGGCGCAGUGGCUCACACCUGUAAUUUCAGCACUUUGGGAGGCCGA